AUGAAUAAAAUUCGUGACAUUGUCAUAAGUCAGUACAUAAAUUUAUUAUUAUUAAAAUAUUAUUUAUUGUGAAUAGAUACAAAGAAACAUAUUUAUAGAACAAAAUGUUUAAAGGCGCUAGAAAAAUUCUGAAAUGUCACAACAUAAACAGAAUAUCAAUUAGACAGGUUUCUGAUGUAGAGAUAUUUAUAAAUGGCAAAUCCGUGUGUGUGCCUUCAUAUUUCACGAUCGGACAAGCUUUGAAAAGAGAAAAGAUCACUGUUCCAUCAUUUUGCUUCCACGAGCGUCUGUCGAUAGCAGGCAACUGCCGCAUGUGCCUGGUGGAGGUGGAGGGCUGGUGGAAGCUGCAGGUCGCGUGCUCUGUGGGGGUAGUUAAAGGCAUGAAGAUCCGCACCAACUCCGAGAAGGCCAAGAGAGCGCAAGAACACGUCCUAGAGUUUAUUCUCGCCGACCAUCCGUUGGAUUGUCCCAUAUGUGACCAGGGAGGCGAGUGUGAUCUUCAGGACUUGUCCGUGAGAUUUGGAAAUGAUCGUUCUCGGUUUACAGAUAUAUUUUUCAGCGGGAAAAGAGCAGUGGAAAACAAAACUUUGAGUCCUCUAAUUCGGGCAGAAAUGAAUCGUUGUAUUCAUUGCACGAGGUGUAUUCGCUUCGCUUCUCAAGUGUGCGGCUUGGAAGUGCUGGGGUCGACAGGCCGCGGGCACGACAUGCUCGUCGGCACCUUUGUAGACAAGUUGUUUCUGUCGGAGCUCUCCGGGAACAUUGUAGAUCUAUGUCCAGUCGGAGCGCUGACUAAUAUUCCUUACCGUUUUAAAGCGAGAGCUUGGGAACUAAAGACAGCAAAUUCGAUUGAUGUGACCGAUGCUACAGGUACAAAUAUAGUGUUAAAUUAUAGAUUUGACAGAGUACUUCGUGUGUUGCCGCGUGAACAUGAAGAAAUCAAUCAGGAAUAUGUGUCAGAUAAAGGUCGAUGGGCAAUUGAUUCACUCGAAAUGCAAAGGUUGGUGACACCCAUGAAGAAAGUCGCUACGUGUUGUUGCCCCCUUGAAUGGGACCCUGCCUUGAAAAUGGCGAGUGAAAUACUUAGAUCUGUUUCUCCCGACCGAAUAAUGGCUAUAGUGGGUCCACAAGCAAGCGUCGAGACUUUAGUAGCUAGCAAGGAUAUGCUCAACGUGCUAGGGUGCGAAAAUCUUUAUAUAGAGCGAGAUAUGCGUUAUACAGCAUGUGAUACUGACUUUAGAGCUACUUAUAGCUGGAAUAUAACCAUGAAAGACGUAGCUACUGCAGAUAAAAUUUUGUUAGUUGGCACCAAUCCUCGAUUUGAAGCACCAAUUCUGAACAUGUGGAUCCGACAAGCGUACAGGAACAACGAAGCAGACAUCUACGCCGCGGGCCCGCCGUGUGAUUACAACUACCACGUGACUUACUUAGGAGAUAAUAUUAAGAGUUUGACUAACGCUGAGAUGAGUUUAAGAGGUGCUAAGAAACCACUUAUUUUUGUGGGUGUACAGCAAUUAAAAACUGGCGGUGGUAAGCUAAUGAAGAUAUUACAUAAACUCGCACAUCAUUUUAAAAAGAAAGAUUACAGUGUUCUGAAUAUUAUUACUAGGGAAGCGAGCUUUGCUGGUGCUUUGGAGGCAGGAUGGAAAAUAGGAGCACGCAGUGCAUUGGAGAAAAAGUGCCCUAAAGUAGUGAUCUCUGUGGGAGCCGACAGCAUAUUCUACGACUGGAAUCCACCUUCAUCUUGCAAAAUUAUUUACGUUGGUUACCAAGGCGACAAAGGCGCAGAGUAUGCAAACUUGAUCUUACCAGGAUGUGCUUGGACAGAGUCUGGCGGCGUUUACCUAAACAUGGAGGGCAGAUCUCAGUACGCGUAUCCUGCCGUCACUCCUCCGGGGAAAGCGAGGGUAGACUGGAAGAUAUUCCGUGCCUUAGCAGAGUACUGUCACCUUUCUUUAUUUUACUGUGAUCAUAAUUCUCUUUGCACCAGAAUGGCACAAAUUAGUCCCAACUUUGUAUGUCUGGGUGAUUUUCAACCGAAAAUAUUUGUCGACAUGGUAGGGUAUCUAGCGUUGAAGGAUGAUUGUGGGAACAGUGGCCCAUUCUGCAUAGACAUGCCCUGCAUGAAGGAUUACUAUUGUUCCGAUAUCUUCACGUACAACUCGCCCACUAUGGUGAAGGUUGCACAGAAAGCGAAAGAGUUUGAAAAAUCAGACUACUACUCUGUGUAUUAGUAGACUUCGAAUAUAUUUUAUUUAUUGAUGACUUCUUGUAUGUUUUCAUAUUAAAAACUGUAUUUGCAUUUUAGUAGUAAUUUAUGGACAUAAAAAUGUUUUGAUUA